AUGCAAAGAGGCUUAGAGACUCCAGACCAGUUAGGUGCCAACCGGGAGACUCCAGGAAUCCCUGAGAUCAAAGUUGUUGUCGUAGGAGAUGGAGGCUGCGGAAAGACAUCGCUGCUCAUGGUCUUUGCAAAAGGAGACUUCCCCAAGGUAAGCCCUGUCUAUCCACAGGAUUGCUACCACCAAUAAUAUGCUUGUGAUUUGCCAUACUAUAUCCUGUCCAAGGAAAACUGUCCAACUUUCAAAGUGGGUUUGGGUUGUUGCUCUUUUUACUGCCCUGAGGUUAUCGUUCUGGGAACCUCUAAGAUAGGGGUGGUGGGAAAACCUUUUUCAACUCAAGGGUUACAUUCUAUUCUAAGUAAGGUAAAGGACCCCUGGACGGUUAAGUCCAGUCAAACGUGACUAUGGAGUUGCGGUGCUCAUCUCGCUUUCAGGUCAAGGGAGCCAGCGUUGGUCCACAGACAGUUUUCCAGGUCAUGUGGCCAGCAUGACUAAACCGCUUCUGGCGGAACGGGACAUGGACAGUAACCAGAGCACAUGGAAAUACCAUUUACCUUCCCGCCAUAGCGGUUCCUAUUUAACUACUUGCACUGGUGUGCUUUCGAACUGCUAGGUUGGCAGGAGCCAGGACAGAGCAACGGGAGCUCACCCCGUCACAGGGAUUCGAACCGCAAGCCCAAGAGGCUCAGUGGUUUAGGCUACACCACCACCCGCGUCCCUUUACCAUUCUAGGUAACCUUCCAGGGGCCACAUGUAAGAGUCAGGGUCAGGUCAGCAAUGUCUCACAAAAUGUCAGUGAAGCCUUUAUUCAAAUAAAUAUGGUUCAGCCCUAGUGAGCACAGCUACCCUUCCCAGUAGGUCUUGCCCCAAUGAGGCAGUAGCGAGGACUAAAGGUCCCUGCCUUCACACCACUCUUUAAGGCCCCUCCUCCCCAGGUUCAUUCCCAAGCUCUCUGAAGCUCAUUUGUCUCGUCUCUCAUUGCUCCACCCUCUUCAUGCAUCUGUGGGUUCUGGAAGUCCGGGGCAGAGGGGAGAUUGUCGCAACAGGAGGGGGAGACUCCCUGGCUUCUUCAGCAGCCUGCCUCCACUCUGCCUCUUGCCUCCCCUCCUCUCCUGCCUCCGGACUGCUCUCUGCCACAGCCUCUUCCUGCUCACUAAAGCCUGUUACCACUUCAACUUGCGGCACCUCCUCCUUCCACUCUGCUCCCUCUUCUCCCUCUGACCUCUAAUCAUCAUCCCAACACCAAUUCCCUGGCUCUGAGCCUUCUUCCUUUGGGAAUUCCCUUGGGGGUUCCCCAGCUGGAGCCUCCCACCACUCCUCUGUGUCCAACCAGUCCAUGACACCACAUGACAGAAAUGGGCAGGGCCAGAGGCAAUUGUGGGUGGAGCAAUUAACGUAAAUACUAGCUCUGUGCAGGAGGCUACACUCACCCAUCCCUCUCUGUCAACCACCCAGGCAAGGAAAAGGCUUAAGGACACAUUCCAGUCUGGCAAAACUACCCAAGGAAAGUGGGACUGGUGACAGGGUGGGGUCUGGAGAAAGGGUGUGUUUAAUUAAUUAAAUUUAUUAGUUUUAUACAUUUAUGUAUGGCCUGGGGAGAGUCCUAAGGGGCAGAUAGAGAGGCUGGGGGUGUCAACUUUGGUCUCAGGCCUGAGUUUCCCCAACCCUGAUCUAACAUGGUAAAUUCUACCAACAAAAACAAGGUAAGCAAGUUUCUCUCACCAUCUCCUUGGAGUCGUGGGUAAUGGGACCCUUCUCUGGUACUUCUCUGGAACAACUCCAGUAGGGAAAACUCAAGCUGUGACUAAGAGUACUACUGGUCAGUGUCACCAAACUUCCUUUCACAAAAAAAACCCCAUUUAUUUAGUUGCCAAUACUGUUGCUAUACAAAAGAAGAGGGACGCGGGUGGCGCUGUGGGUUAAACCACAGAGCCUAGGACUUGCCGAUUGGACGGUCGGCAGUUCGAAUCCCCACGAUGGGGUGAGCUCCCAUUGCUCGGUCCCUGCUCUUGCCAACCUAGCAGUUCAAAAGCACGUCAAAGUGCAAGUAGAUAAGUACCGCUCUGUCAGGAAGGUAAACGGUGUUUCCAUGCACUGCUCUGGUUCACCAGAAGCGGCUUAGUCAUGCUGGCCACAUGACCUGGAAACUGUAUGCCGGCUCCCUCAGCCAAUAAAACGAGAUGAGCGCCGCAACCCCAGAGUCAGCCACUACUGGACCUAAUGGUCAGGGGUCCCUUUACCUUUACUGUUGCUAUACAAAAGAAUUUGUCUGGUGUGCAUUCUCCAGUGGUGCCCACUAGGGGUGGUUGGGCAGGAGGACCAAAAAUAGGUGGGGCCAGAAUCAAGGACAGGGAGACCCAACUGAUCCUAGUUCUGCUCCCAUCCUCCUCUUUGCUGAGUUGCACCUGAGCAACCCUGAGGCUAAGGAGGAGGAAUCUGAUAACCAGGUCCACCCCGUUGGCUGUUUGUAAGCACAGGUGGGAGGCAGGUGGGAACUGACUGAGAGCAGACUGAGGGUGAUGGGUCACUGCCACAUUCUUCCUAAUGGAGCAGUCACUUCUGGUGUUCUCAAAAGGUAAGCCCACCUGGCAGCAAACACAGUACAUGGAUCAGUAGCAGAUGGUGGCAUGGGAUGGGGUGGGGUGGCUGUGCUCACCUCACCGCCAGACUUUUCAUGCUGCUUACUGGGAAGUAGAAAGGGAGGGGUGAUGCAGGGGUGAGGCCAGUGUGGUGCAAACACAGAAGCAGAGACAAUCUCGUGCUCCUGCAGGCGCAUUUGCACUGCACUAACCUCACCUCUGCACCUCCCAGUGAGCAGCAACAAUGUGGCUGACCAGAGGUCAGGUGAGUGGCAGUGCCCCACCAGGCCAUCUGCUCCUGACAUUGAGCAAACGCUCAUUUGAGCAAAAUGUUGAGGAAAGGGAUCCACGAUAGUAUCUUGAAGAAAAAACGUUGGAAUGGAGAUAGAAUACAAAACGGUCCUUUCCCACAGACAAGGCAAAAACAUCUCUUUCUCACCUUCCUCUUCUAGGUUUACAUCCCAACAGUAUUUGAGAAAUAUUCAGCCCCCUUCCACAUCAACGACAAGCAAGUGAAUAUCAGUCUCUGGGAUACAGCAGGUGUGUGCGUCAGGGUAGCUGAAGGGGAGGGUUACAGACAGUCACAUUGGAAGGUGGCAUAUUAUCGGGUCAUAUUAUGCUGAGAAUGGGUGUGCUGUCAAGUCAUAUAGGCAUCAUCAACCAGAAGAAAGCCAGGUGUGACACAGAUUUCUGCAUAUUCAUUGUGGCCACUGAGAUCUGUCAGCUGGAAAGUAGGGUUGCACUUUCAUAAGGACAAUUGAUUUUGCUAUGUCAACUAUACAGUGGUACCUCAGGUUACAUACACCUCAGGUUACAUACGCUUCAGGUUACAGACUCCGCUAACCCAGAAAUAGUGCUUCAGGUUAAGAACUUUGCUUCAGGAUGAGAACAGAAAUCGGGCUCCGGCGGCACGGUGGCGGCAGCAGGCCCCAUUAGCUAAAGUGGUGCUUCAGGUUAAGAACAGUUUCAGGUUAAGUACGGACCUCCGGAACGAAUUAAGUACUUAACCCGAGGUGCCACUGUACAAUUAUAUCAAAAUGUGCUUUCCCUUUUGCAAUAGUACAUUUCUUACCAUGGGCUAGCUGGGGGGUGGGGGUGGGCAGGGCUUAGGGCAUAAGCCCUGACCCCGACUUAGGAGCAUACCAAGGUGCCAAGCGAGCUCUGUAAAGCACUUGUGUCGACAGCCCAAGCCAUUUGGAUGUUCCAGUGAUUGGCCAGGGCUUUAAUAGGAGCGCCAGUCAUAGCAGCCAGAAAAUCCCUGCUUUCAGUGUAUUUGCAUUCUUUUAAAUGAUCAUACGCUACAUUUUCUGUGUUGCUGAUGAGACUCCUUUUGGUUGUGUGAAGCGAUACAUACAUCAAACAAACUAAACCUAAAUUAAACUUGAGUGGGGUGUUACAGAUGCUACAAGCUCCCUGAUAGAGAUUUUUGUUCAAAGAGGCAGUAUCAAUAGAUUGUUAAAAUGCUUGGGUGGAACCCCCUUCCCCAAAAUGUCACACGGGUAGUAAGUAUUACUCACUUAGGUGGAAACUACAUUGGGAAAAUAAGGAUGAAAACUCUGGUUAAAGAAUACAGUAUGUGGAAUAUUUCUUCAAAAGAAAUUCUCUAUUUUUAAAUGUAGAGUAGAAAACAGAACAGAAGUUGAACUUAAACGUGUAAAUAAAACAUAUCUUAAUAUUUGGAGGGCUUAUUUACUUACUUACUUACUUACUUACCUCCAAAAGUCCAUAUUUUCAUGGUACAACCUCCUGGAAACCUUACUGAGCAUUUUCCUGAUUUGUUGCAGGGAGGUUAGAUGACCUUGGCUAUUUAAAGAGCCUUCGACCCUCCAUUGUCUCCCGAGGUAGAUGGAUGCCAACCAGUUCUGAUUCCUUUGUAGGGAGGUUAAAUAACAUUGCAUCAAAGCAGGCGUCACCACCCCACCCACCCCCACUUUCCAGUGCAUUUUCUGGUCACUUUUCUUCUUGCAAAAAUGUCAAUCUUUUGGAGAAGUUGGUUUCUUGAGCAAGAGCUCCCAAUCAGCUGUAACAGCACAACCUGAAUGUGCCGGUACUGUAUAUGACUGGAUCCUGGUUUGUGACUAAAAUGUUUCCUUCCAGUAGGUGGCAGUCCAACCAAAUUUGCACACACAAUACCUCUCCUGUUAAUUGAAAGCACAUCCCCCCCCCCCCGCAAAGAAUUCUAGGUAUUGUAGUUGGUUUAGAGCUGCUGGAAAUUGUAGUUUUGCAAGGGGUAAACUACAGCGACUGAAACUUUUUGAAAGAAAGAAUGUGCUUCGGCUGUGCUUUAAAAGUAUAGUGCGUACACAGCCCCAAUAUGAGGAAGAGAACUUUCCUGUGAAUCCUGGAAAUCUGUUCUGUUAGAAGUCAUAUUUUAAAAUUUCUGAAUUUCCAGAGUGGCCAAGCAGGGUCCUGAUAGUGCUUAACUAGGUUAUCUGAGACAGGUUUCUGAGGGAAGACAAAAGGGAAAGCCUCCCUCACUCCACUCCCUGCCCUCAGGCACAUGUUCUUAUUACACUGGUCAACAACAAAUUUGUUGUCUGCGUUUUUUCAGUUGAUUUAGGACAAAUCUGAUGCACUGAAUCCAAAAAUCACAUUGGUUUUGCUCAAUCAGGUCAAGUUUUUUGAGCUAUGGCCACAUGUUGUUUUUUUACGUUUUUGUUCACAUGUACGCUUGUGUGGAGCAUUUUAGAAGAAGUUGGUGGGGGUAAAAUGCCAUGUCGAAUAAUUGUUUUGAUUGGAAAUGAUUAUUUUAAUGACAAGAAGUAUUCAGGUCUGAUAGUUCUGGGUGAUUAUGUCGAAAAGGGAUCAGUUUGAAAUCAUAAAACCUCGAAAUCUUCCAUAAAUUGGUGCGGCUCCUUAAAUUGGUGGGAUCAACAGAAAGAACCGGAGCAGCCUCAAGUAUCCUGAUCUUCAAUCAGCACGUCGUCCUGUAGCUCAUUGUGAUGAAAUUCCAGUGCCUAUCUUCGGAGAACUUCCUGACAUUAGUGAACGAAGAUGCCUCCAGUGUUGAAGGACAUGAAGAAGAAGAAGAAGAAGAUGCUCCACAUCCAUUUUCCCAAAAGAAGUUGAAUGAUCUAGUUCACGACCUCAGCUUGUCAAAGGACUCUGCCGAACUGUUGGCAUCCAGAUUGAAGGAAAAAACCUCCUCUCUGACAGUGCUCGCAUCAGCUUCCUCCGCAACAGGCAUCAAGAGUACCUCCGUUUUUUCACAGAAGAGAAGGACUUGGUGUACUGUGCAGAUAUUGCGCAGCUUCUGCUCAAGCUUGGAGUGCCACAGUACGAACCCAAAGAUUGGAGACUGUUCAUUGACAGCAGCAAGCGAUCACUGAAAUGUGUUCUGCUACACAACGGCAACCAGUUUGCCUCUAUACCCCUGGCUCACUCGACUACACUGAAGGAGAACUAUGAAGCGGUGAAGUAUGUGCUGGAGAAAAUUGGUUAUGAUCAGCAUAAGUGGUUUAUUUGUGUUGACCUGAAGAUGGUGAACUUUUUGUUGGGACAACAGUCUGGCUUCACCAAGUACCCAUGUUUUCUGUGCAUGUGGGAUAGUAGGGACCAUGCUCAGCAUUACACGAAGAAGGACUGGCCUGUGUGGGAGGAAUUGGUGCCUUGCAAAGAAAGGAAUGUCAUCAACGACCCUCUGGUGGACAGAGACAGAAUGCUCUUCCCACCACUGCACAUCAAGCUCGGCUUAAUCAAGCAGUUCACCAAGGCUCUGGACAAGGAUGGUGACUGCUUCACUUACUUGUGCCAGGCUUUUCCAGGAUUGACCAUGGAGAAGUUGAAAGCUGGCAUCUUUGAUGGUCCUCAGAUCCACCAGCUCAUCAGAGAUUCAGAGUUUGGAAAGUCAAUGAACGAAGUGGAACUGGAAGCGUGGAAGGCAUUUGUUCUGGUAGUGAAGAACUUUCUUGACAACAAAAUAAGGCCAGAAACUACGCAGAACUUGUCAACAACAUGCUGACUGCUUUCAGAAACCUGGGCUGCAACAUGAGCGUCAAGAUGCACUACCUAUUUUCACAUAUGGACCGGUUUCCUGAGAACCUGGGUUCAAUGAGUGACGAGCAGGGGGAGAGAUUCCAUCAGGACAUGAAAGAGAUGGAGACCAGGUAUCAGGGUCGCUGGGACACAGUCAUGAUGGCUGACUACUGUUGGACUCUGAAGAGAGACCUCCCUGCCGCUGAGCAUUCCAGGAGUUCCAAGAAACGGAAGUUCAAGCCCUGAAUUUUGAAAAAUGGUGAAGCAACAUGCAAUUUACGUGUACUUACCUUUAUCAAUGCCCACCAUUCAGUUUACAGUAAACCUGACCUGAUGGAGAGAAACGGAUGCCAUUUCCUGAUUCAGCAGUGCAAAAAUACCCUAAAUCAGUUGUAGAAAUCUAGACAACAUUCAAAAAGUAAAAAAUUGUUGCCCAGUGUUAUGAAGGUAUCUUUUAAGUGAUAAGGAUGAUAAGAUUAACAAGUUAGAAUGCAAUGCAGCAAUAUUCCCCUAAGGAAAUGCAAGUGGUGGCAUUUUUUGGCUUGCUUAAAUAUAAAUUAAUCAGAUGUUAAUGGCUCAAACAUUCCAUUUAAAAUUUCAUUUUCAGUAGGAACCUGUCUCCAUGCUAACCAUGCAAUCUUGCAGUAGAAAGGCUGAAUUGAAAUCAUCUGAUUAAAAAAGGUCUAACCUGAUGGACUUGUAGAAGCCAGUUGGCCCUUAACCUGUUAGACUCGGGUCCAACCAUCUGUUGUUGAUACAACACCACACUUUGACUAGUGUGAUCGGCAGAGUAUGCGUAGCUCCAGCAGAUUAUUCCAGCAUAACAUUCAGAGUCUUCCUGCUUUCCAGUAGACCGCCAUGUCCAGAGUUCCCGGUUAAGACAACUCCUUUCUCACUCAGUUCAGUUCAAAGUACAGUGGUACCUCAGGUUAAGUACUUAAUUCGUUCCGGAGGUCCGUACUUAACCUGAAACUGUUCUUAACCUGAAGCACCACUUUAGCUAAUGGGGCCUCCUGCUGCCGCCGCGCCGCUGGAGCCCGAUUUCUGUUCUCAUCCUGAAGCAAAGUUCUUAACCUGAAGCACUAUUUCUGGGUUAGCAGAGUCUGUAACCUGAAGCGUAUGUAACCUGAAGCGAAUGUAACCCGAGGUACCACUGUAUAAAGCGUUUAUUGUCUCAUGGCACAAGACAAGCAUAAACAUGCUUAGCUACGUUAAGUGAUGCUGGUACAUCAUGAACUAAUCUACUAUAAAAUACAAUUAUUCUGGUCUUAGAAAUAAACAUUUCAAAGAUACAAAUAGACAGAGAGAUCCACUAGCACUUUGCCAUGCUAGCUCACCAUGCUAGCUCACCAUGCUAUAGCAUGUAACCUUCAGUUUCACGACAUUUAUGCUUUGCACUGAGCAGUGAACACCUCACACUGCUAGCAAAAGCAGUCUUGGCUUUAUACCACCAACACCACCCCACUGCACAUACACAUGUUCCUUAGAGAAAGGGACGGUGGGCGAGUUGUGCUUUAGGCAUUUAUCCUUGGACCGUUUCUAACCACCUGGCUCCUUCUCUAAGCAGAACCCAGUCAUAGAGGAUGUGCAGUUCAGAACACGGCCCAAGCAUUUAGUGCAAUUUCACCCAUUCCCCCCCCCUCCCAAAAUUACACCAACAUAGUUGUUAAUAUUUUGGACAGUGAAAUGCAACAUGAAAGGGGGAUAUUUAUUAAAAAGCAUUUGUCUUCGGCAAGGAGCAUUUGCAUAUUGCGCUAUAGAGGUGAAAGCAAUGCAUACAACUUUGUCUCCACUCCACCUAGGGCAGGACGAUUACGACAGGCUCCGCCCCCUCUCCUAUAAUGGGGCUCAUGCAGUUAUCAUGUGCUAUGAUGUCACCAGCCCUGCCAGCUUCAACAACAUCCUCACAAAGGUAAAAAAAAGGCUAUGCAGUAACUAAGUCAAGGCUAUCUAUGAACUCGGUAAGAAUAGCUGCCUCUGGAGUCUAUGGAACAGGUGAUAUAAGAAUAAUGUGAUAUGAUAGAUAGAUGUAGAUAUAAUCUGCAGAUUUGCACCCAACAUUGCUCAGGAAUUUUAAUAUACAAAAAAAAUCAGUGUCGUCUUGAAAGCUGCAGUCCACCAUCUUGAUUCAAAAUGGCGUCCAGUUGUACCCUAGCAUCGAUUAAGGACACAAAUUUCCUGUGUGUGUGUGGUAUAAUCAAAUUGGUAUGCCAAGUUGGCAUGCACACACACAAACAUUACCAGAGAAGGUCACUACAGCAUUCCUGAAGCAUUGAAAGAGGGGAAGUAGUAAAUAGGAAAGGCAUCAUUUAGCAGAUGUGGGUGCCUUAUUUAAGGAAACAAUUCAUUUUUGUUAAUAUAGUGAACAAACUAAACAUUUUAUGUUGUGGUUCUUCAGAAAAACCUCUAUUAAUUUCUCUGCUCAUUUAUAUAUCAGGAUCCAGCCCCUCACCACCAUGUUACUUUCUCUCUCUCUCUCUCUCUCUCUCUCUCUCUGUGUGUGUGUGUGUGUGUCCCCUUUUAGUGGUACCCUGAAGUGAACCAUUUCUGCAGAGGGAUUCCACUCCUGCUUGUUGGAUGCAAGACAGACCUAAGAAAGGACAAGGUUCUGCUAAGGAGGUUGCAUCAGGACCAUCUAGAGCCCAUCACAUAUCAGAAGGUAAUACAAUCAGCAGAUAGCUCCUCUGCACCAGCCUCACACGGGCAAGAGUCAGCACCGAUGGACUUCCACACUAAACAAUAUGAAUCCCACAGACAUGUCUCUGGGACACAGCAGACAUGUUGUUGUUUUUACUUCUGCCCACAUGGUCAUUCUUGCCAGAGCCCCAUCCUUGCCAGGUGCUGGUAAUGAGGAGUUGCAACCAAAUAUUAGUUAAAGUAUGUGUUUGCAAUGCAAAGGAAUUUCUUCCUAAUAGAAGUUUAUUGAGCAGGAGCAGCCCCACCACUGAGAUGGUCAAAUCCAGGCACCAGCUUUUGUCUUGUCACAAAAGGGCAGAAAAUUUCUUACUCUGGGAUUCAGUGUGGAUUUUCUGUUUCAGGAAGUAAAAUGUCAUGGACCACACCUUAUUUUCCUUUUGGUAGGGUCUUCGCUCUCCUCCCUUUCCCUAACAAGAUCUGUGACGUACAAUUCAAAGUGUUGGUGCUGACCUUUAAAGCCCUAAAUGGCCUCGGCCCAGUAUACCUGAAGGAGCAUCUCUAUCCGCAUUGUUCAGCCCAGACACUGAGGUCCAGCUCUGAGGGUCUUCUGGCAGUUCCUUCACUGCGAGAAGUGAAGCUACAGGGAACCAGGCAGAGGGCCUUCUGGGUAGUGACACCUGCCCCGUGGAAUGCUCUCCCAUCAGAUGUCAAGGGAAAAAGCAACUAUCUGACUUUUAGAAGACAUCUGAAGGCAGCCCUAUUUAGGGAAGUUUUUAAUGUUUGAUGUUUUAUCGUAGUAGUAGUAGUAAUAAUAAUAAUAAUAAUCUGUUGGGAGCCACCCAGAGUGGCUGGGGUAUAAAUAUAAAUUUAUGAUGAUGAUGCUGAUGACAUUCUCUUCUUCUCCUCUUUCCCCCUCCACACACACCUUUAUAGGGAGAGACUUUGGCCCGGAAUCUCCAUGCAGUUGCCUACCUUGAGUGCUCAGCUCGUUUCCAUGAGAACAUCAUCGACAUAUUCACAGAGGCUUCCAGAGCAGCCUUGAGUACCAUGAAGAAGAAGAAACGCAGGCGCAAACCCAAAAGGACUUGCCUGCUUUCCUGA